GAAAUAAUUAGAAAUUAAUGCGAACUAAUUUAAAAAAGUUUCAUAUUAAAUUAGUGCACAAUCAGUUUUUUCUGAUUAAAAAUCAAUUUAAAUUAAUUUAACUUGAUAAAUUAAUUCAAGUCAAUUAAAUUUUAACCAGUUCGAAUGAAUUUAUCAAGUUAAAUUAAUUUAAAUUGAUUUUUAAUCAGAAAAAACUGAAUGUGCACUAAUUUAAUAUGAAACUUUUUUAAAUUAGUUCGCAUUAAUUCCUAAUUAUUUUCAAAAGUUCUAAUGGAAACUCUUUGUCGUCGAUAUAAAUUAUGUUCAAAUCAUUUUUUUUAUUUGUUUAGGUUAUCGCUUGAAAGAUAAAUUAACUGAUAAAUUUAUCACUCGUUUGGAACAAAUAUCUAUCGAUUCAUCAUUAUUUUAUCAUGUUAUUCGUGAUUUACAUAAAGCAUGCAAAUAUAACUGUUUUAUGGACAUUUAUAUUCAAUUAUUAACAAACAUUGAAAAAUAUUCUGAUCGUUCAUCACGUUGGCUGUUUGAUGGUAAUACGGCAAAUUAUUGCUAUGUUCCUAGAGUUAUUGUAACUCCUACAAGUAUUUUACCUCAACCAAUGCGUCCAAUGAAAGAAAAUCGUGUCUUAAGACAGAGACAAUUUGGAAAUUCAUAUUGUUAUUGUCGUGUAUUAUUGAGAGAUGAAGAUAUGUAUACAAUGUCAGCUGAAACUGUUGAUCAAUGUCGUACAAGAAUAUUAGAAUUAAUAAAAACAAAUUUACAAGUAGCACAAACAGAUUAUGAAUAUUUACAUUGUUCAAAUUCACAAUUGAGAGAUCGAUCAUUUUGGUUUUAUGCACCUUAUCAAGGUUUUGAUGCUGAUAAAAUUCGUGCAUGGAUGGGUGAUUUUCGUCAUGAAUAUUCUGUAUCAUCAUAUGUUACCCGAAUGGCUCUAUGUUUCACCGGUUCUCUACGAACAAUUACAAUUACAAAAGAUGAGGAAUUACAAAAAAUUGAUGAUAUUCAAGAUAAAUGGAGAAAAUACUGUUUCACAGAUGGUAUUGGCAAAAUUAGUCUUCCCAUGUUACAACGAGUUUAUCAAGAAUUAGACAUUGAUGAAGCCACAUCUUAUUUACCAUGUGCAUUACAAAUUCGAUUAGCCGGGAUGAAAGGUGUAUUAGUACGAGCACCGGAAUUAAACAAUCAACAUCUAAUUCAGGUUCGCCAAAGUCAAAUGAAAUUUGAAUCGGAUCAUUAUGAUUUAGAAGUCAUUGAUUUUUCAAAACCUUGUAAUUUAACAUUAAAUCGUCAAGUUAUUACACUUUUGUCAUCCUUGGGUGUUGAAGAUGCGGCAUUUUUAUCAUUACAAAAUGAUGCACGUUUACGAUCGACAAUGGCAUUAUUGAAACGACGUGAAGCUAUUAGUCUAUUAGACAAAGUUCGAUAUUAUGAUUUUGAUAAAUUAGGAGAUUGUGGUAUUGACAUACCACAUGAACCAUUUUUUCGUUCAUUACUCAUUGCAGCUUAUCGUGAUCGUUUACGUUGUUUACGUCAACGUUCGAAUGUUGCCAUACCAAAUUGUUCUGGUCGUGCAAUGUUUGGUAUUAUUGAUGAAACAUCAACAUUGGAGUAUGGAGAAGUGUUUAUUCAAUACACAACACGAAAUGAAAGUGAACCACAAAUUGUUCUCGGUAAUGUGGCCGUUACAAAAAAUCCAUGUUUAUAUCCGGGUGAUAUUCGAGUACUUAAAGCAGUUGAUGUUCCACAACUACAUCAUCUUUAUGACUGUGUUGUAUUUCCAUCCAAAGGACAUCGACCACAUACGAAUGAAAUUAGUGGAUCAGAUCUUGAUGGCGAUGUCUAUUGGGUAUGUUGGUUACAGGAUAUCGUUCCACAACCAGAAAAUCAAAUUGAACCAUUAGCGUAUGAUACAGCCGAAAAGAAAUUAUUAAAUCGUCAAAUAACAAUUGAUGAUGUUGCCGAAUUUUUAAUUGAUUAUAUGGCAAAUGAUUUUUUGGGAGAAUUAUGUAAUGCACAUUUGGCAUGGGCAGAUUUGGAAACAGCUGUAUCAGAUACAUGUGUUAAUUUAGCAAAAAUUAUUUCAGCUGUUGUUGAUUAUCCCAAAACAGGUGUUAAUCCGGUGACUGAUGAAAAUCGUCGAGCUUUAAAAGCACCACGUUUUCCAGAUUUUAUGGAAAAAGAACUUCGAUCAUAUCGUAGCAGAAAAGUAUUAGGUAAACUGUAUCGUCAAGCCAAAGCGGCAUAUGAAUUACAAUUACAAUUAGAAUUUAAUGAAUCAAAACAUAUGAUUGAAUUAGAUCAAGAAUUAAUUGUUGACGGUUAUGAAACAUACAAAAUGGAUGCUGAAAGACAAUAUAAAUUAUAUUGUAAUAAAUUACAACAAAUUUUAGAUUUAUAUGAUUAUGUAAGUGAAGCAGAAUUGAUUACCGGAUGUCAACCGAGCAAUAUUGAUGAAAAACGAUCGUAUGAUGCAGCAGAUAUUGCGGGACAAGAUUUUAAACGUUUAAGAACAGAUACGAGAAGAGAAUUUUUAAAUGAAUUUUUUAUUGGUGAUGAUAAAAAAAAACGAGGCACAAAAAAUUCCAUAUUAUCUCAUGAUCCAAAUGUUAUUCGAUUACAAUUACAGAAGGCAAGUGCUUGGUAUCAUAUUGCUUAUACCGAUAACGAACAAACAAUACUAGCAAAAUCAUUUGCUUGGGUUAUGUGGGACUUAUUAUGUGAAAUUCGAGCGCGAAAAGAACGAAUACAACAUUUAUCGUCACGUACACUAUCUGAAGCAUUAAAAUCUUAUUAUAUAACAAUGACAACAGUUAAACAAAAACAUGUGGCUAAUUAUGAGAGAGCAAGAACAUUAUUACAUAAAUAUUUAGAUAUGGAUAAAUGUGAACAUUUAUUUGAACCGGCCUAUUCGUUUUUGAAUAUUCCCGAUGUGACUGGUUCGCGCGUUCGAGUUCUAGUUGUACCGAAUAAAAUUGGUACACAUGCUGAAACUAUAAUAAAAUUAAAUAAAAAUCAUUAUGAUAUUGUCAAAUUAAAUGAAUUUAAAAUUCGAGAAUUAACAAAAGCAAGCAAGUUUUUUAUGAAAAUUUUAUUAGCCCAACCAGCUAUUGCCACCGUAUUAGAAAUUGCCAUUGAUUGGGCUGCAAAACAUCAAUGUUUUACUAAAACGGAUCGUAAUGGUAAUCGUACUUUAUUAAUUCGUCCCGAAGUAUUUUUUGAACGUGCUUUACGUGCAAUGUGUGCCGAUAUUCCUCCAUCAAUGUUACCGUCUCUCGAAGAUGAAGAACCAAUCACGAAUAAUGCAACUAAUUCAAAAAUAACCGCACCGCCCUACUCAUCCGGUGCAAAACAACAACAAGAAGAAUUAUCUUCGUCACAAUUGUGGUAUACCUACGAACAAUGGACAUCACAUAUGAUUGAGAACUGGGAUUUUCAAGCUGUAUCAUAUCAGUUUCUAAAAUUAAUUCGAGUGUGUAAUGAACAGAAGAAUGUUUACUUUUUAAAUAUAUGUCACGUAUUAUUAUUGGCAUUACAAAAAAUUGGUAUUACAAUGAAUCUUGAUAAUACACCAAUCGAUUUAAAAGAUUCACUUGUUUAUUAUUUGAAUUCUGCACAAUAUCGAAAUAAUAAAGAUCAAUAUCAACAAAAACAACCGAAUGGUCCUUCAGAUACAACAGUCGAUAAUAAUAAUAAUAAUAAUAAUAGUGGACGUCAGGUCAGUGCUAACGGUUAUUAUUCUAUGAAUAAUACUCAUAAUCGAAUAAAAAAUGUAUCACACAUGCAACAGUAUUCACAAAAUCAAAAUAAUACACAAAACAGAAGAAAUUAA